AGUCCAGAAUUCCGUCAGCGAAUAUAAACAACCCGCUGCCUUUCCCUUUCCCUUUCCCUUGGAGAUUGAAGGAAAACAAAUAGGCGACCAAAAAGAAGAGCUUAAAUUCCGUCGCAGAGAAAAAAAAAAAGAAAAAAAGAAAAAAAGAGCAAAGGUCGCUCCAAACCCUCGGAAUGCCCGUCGUCCGUCAUGGAUCCACUCCCUCCAAACCCUAACCCUUAGUCGGUCCCGAUCUCCAACCCUCCCGGCGACCGCACGAUGUCCGAUGAACGGCCCCCGGGUCCCGAUGUCCACUUCCAUGUCCCCGGCUUCCCUUUCUGGCCCUCCCCCCUCCUCCUUCUCCUCCGCCGCCGCCCGCUCGUCGCCGGUGCCCCUCCAAUCGCAUCUCCCCUCCCCUCUCUCCCUCGGCCUCCUCCUCCUUCCCCCGGUUCCUGGCUCCACGCCUCGCCUCCCGCCAUCCGGCCUCGACCCGGCUGAGAGCACGCCCGUCGCGAGGGUGAGGCUGGCGGACAUCGCACCCUACGAGGGGGCGCCCGGCGCUGCUUACGCUAGGGCGGUGGAGGCGCUGUCUGGAUCGCUUAUGAGGCAUAACGCCUCGGUGAUCGAACUCGGGAGGGAGGAGGCGGUGGUGGUACGGUGUGCUCUCGAGUCGGUGAGGAUGUACUUUAAAGCAAGAGCGCAGUGCAGCAGUGGCGGUGGGGGAUUGGUCGGUUGGGGAAAAUCGAGCCGCGGGGUUUACAUCUACCGCGCCGGGAGGGCUUUGGAAGAUGGGGACUUGUCACCCCCAUGCAUGAGUGAUGCUUUCAGAUGUAUGGGAAAGGCAGCUCGUGCUGCACUGUGUGCAAUAGCAAGGCAUCUUCGCCUACGCAGCGAUGUUUUCAACCAUCUGCUUGACGAUAACCCACUACCUACCAAUGAGGUCUCGUCAUCAGUGUUGGUUGCAGCUUGUUCUCAUGCCUCAUUACAGAAUGGCAAGGGGCAUACUGGAGGAGGGAAAUCUUUGGCUAAUGAAGUUGAAAAGGGGUUGUUGACAUUAAUUGCUUCUGACAGUCCUGGGAUCCAGGUUUGUGACCCAAAUGGUCAUUGGUACCUAGCAGAUGGGGGCUCAGGUCCUGGUGACCUAUUGUUGGUGACGGGAAGGGCACUUAGUCAUGCUACUGCUGGUCUUCGCCCAGCUGCUUCUUAUAGGACUACUGCUGACUCUUGCUCAGGAAUGAUGACUGGUGGAAGGGCAUCACUGACAUUUAGACUAAUGCCUCAAAGCAAUGCUAUAUUGGAUUGCUCCCCAAUUGCAGCUGCUGGCCAUGUAAUCCCACAAAGUUACCAACCAAUAUCUGUGAGCCAGUUUAUGGAUGACUUGUCUGCUGAAGAAGAUGUUGUGUGCACCAUUCCUGAUAAUACUUAUGUGGCAUGCAAUGAUCAUAAUCUCAUUAGGGAACCAUCAUUGAGAAGCGUCCUCUCAGAUCCGCUAUCUGGUGCUUUCCUUGAGGAUGCUAUGGUUGUCUCUUGUGGACAUUCAUUUGGUGGCGACAUGUUGAAGAAAGUUAUAGAAAUGGCUAGGUGUACUCUAUGCAAUGCAGAAAUAGAUCCUGAGUCCUUGGUUCCUAACUUUGCUCUGAGAGCUGCAGCUACAGCAGUGAAGAUGGAGGAUGACAGGAGACUCUUCCAUAAUGCUGCUCUCCGAAAACGCAGGAAAGAAAUAGGUGAACACAUGGAUGCCCUGAAGAGAAUAGGCAAGGAAAAUGGUGAGGUGCCAGCUGAUGGUGAUGGCCCUAGACCGCUGAAAGGAGUUCAAUACCCAUUUGCAGUCAAUGAGAAAGUGUUGAUCAAGGGAAACAGGAGGACCCCUGACAAGUUUGUUGGAAAGGAAGCAGUGAUCACAUCCCAAUGCUUGAAUGGCUGGUAUCUCCUCAAGAUCCUUGACAGUGGAGAGAGUGUUCGCCUUCAGUACCGCUCUCUCCAGAAACUCCUGUGCUCUCAGGCUGAUGACAGGGCAGAGCCACAACCAUUGCUUCAGAGUAGCAGUUGACAGAAUCACAUUGAUGCUUUUAUGGCAUCAUCUGCCUGCUCUGGUCAUGAGGUUCCUCUCUUUGGCCAGUUAUUGUACAUUUUUUGGCAGGUCUCCAUGUACAUGCUUUUCUUUUGGAAGUUUUUUCUGCCGGAGAAAAGAAAGAGAAGUGGAAAAAAAUGCUGCAAAGUCCCUCAAAUUUUGUGAAAAAUCAAGGGCCAGAUUCACCGAUCUCCUGCAACCGGCAAAUGAUUCUCCAUGUUACUGUCUUUGGUGCCUUGCACCUGCUGCUGUGUGCAAUAUAUCUCAAGGACAAAUGAAAGUUAAUACUAAUUGUGAUAUGCAGAAUCCAGUCAAAUGAAUGGUAGUGAUGAUGUUGAAAACCAUGUUUAAUGAAGCAAUUGCUUCUAGUUAAAGUAUAAUUUGAUGUUCACUGUUGUUUU